CCGAACAAGGGGAUAUUGUCCGAACUUCAGCUUCUGGUGCGCUUGCGCUGAUCCAAUCGCCUUUGUUGGCGAGUCCCGUCGCAUCCCAACUCCGUUCCCCCAUCGCGUCUCGCCGGCUUUCUUCAAUCAGAAUUGGCCUACGGCCGUAACAAGACAACAUGGCGGAACCAGAAAACCGGAGCAAUCCUAUACCGAUCCCCAACAGCAACAAUAGGUGGGAGGGCGCUUCCACCGAUAGCGAAGCGGUCCUGACGCCAGACCUAAGCGGGUCACCCCCCGACGACGACUCGCACGAACAUGCCCUCGCCACGCCCACCUUGGGCCCGACCGUUCCCACAAGCCCACGCCUCUCCCGCAACCCGUCCUUCUCUGGGAGCAGUUCGUACCAGGAAGAUUGGGACCCAUUUCCGCCGCUGGACCGCCUGACAGUGCUCGACAUCCUCGAUAAUUUCGCGCUGUCGCAGCAGCUUGAGAAGCUCCAGAAGGGCAUAUCCGCCCAGACAGAAAAAGUGCGUAAGUCGCGCCAGGCCUUCGGCAACAAGAGUCGUAUCGCCCGCGAGCGUAUGGUGGACGAAUGGCGGCGUCGCGUGCCCUCGGCCGAGGAGCAGUUGGACCGGUACCGGAAACGGAUGCGCACGAGUGUCGAGAAGCUCGGCUCGCGUUGGAACGACACCAAGGUUAUCACGCUGCGUGAGAAGAUCUCCUUCAUCUGCGGCGUCAUGAACAUCUUCGUCAGCGGCUACCUGAUCGGUGGCUACCCUGAGUUGUUCCACCUCUGGUACACGGUCCAGGUCCUCUACUUCAUGCCCAUCCGGUUUUACACGUACCACAGGCGCGGCUACCACUACUUUCUCGCCGACCUCUGCUACUUCGUCAACUUCCUUCUCAUGCUUAGCAUCUGGGGCUUCCCCUCCUCUAAACGCCUCUUCACCGCCGUCUACUGUCUCGCCUUCGGAAACAACGCCGUCGCCAUCAUCAUGUGGCGCAACUCGCUCGUCUUCCACUCUUUCGACAAGGUGACCUCCCUCUUCAUCCACAUAAUGCCGUGCGCCACCUUGCACUGCAUCGUCCACCUUCUCGACCCGGCCGCCCAACAAGCCCGAUUCCCAGCCAUUUGGACCAUCAAGAAUUCCCCCGCGGGCUCCUCCACCGCCUACGCCAACGUCCUCUCCAUGCUCGCCUGGUCCUCCAUCCCCUACGCCGCCUGGCAGCUGUUGUACUACUUCUUCAUCACGGUCCGCAGGCGCGAGAAGAUCGCCGCUGGCCGGCCGACGUCCUUCACGUGGCUGCGCAAGUCGUACAGCAAGGUGUGGAUCGGCAAGUUCGUGCUGGGCCUGCCGUCGGCGCUGCAGGAGCCCGCCUUCAUGAUGAUCCAGUACGCGUACGCCGUGCUGACCAUGCUGCCCUGCUCGCUGUGGUUCUACAGCCGCUGGGCCUCGUCCCUCUUCCUCAUCGUCGUCUUCACCUGGAGCGUCUACAACGGCGGCACCUACUACAUCGACGUCUUCGGCAAGCGCUUCCAGAAGGAGCUCGAGGCCAUGAAGGCCGAGGUCGCCAAGUGGCAGCACAGCCCGGACGUCUGGCCCGCCGAGGACGCCGCCGGCAACCCGGUCAUGAGCCCCGUCGCCACCCCGGCCGCCGGCGAGGGCGGGAGGAACGGCUCCCUUGCUGAUAGCAUCACGGGGAAGGCGCUGGAUGAUGACAGCGUGCGUGGGGUCGGCGGUGUUGAUAAUAUCCCGCUGCUGAACGACGAGCGGCCAGCCGCGGUGCUGGCCACGGGCGCGGAUAUGGAUAUGGAUGGCGGCGCGAGGGAUGUGGCCCGGGAGAGACGGACUGGGAGUGGAGAGUCACGAUAAUUUUUUCUCUGUUUCUUUUUUUAUGUGUAAUACAUGGCAUGGUAACGAUAUCCCGGCUUGUUUUUUGGCAACGGGUCUUGAAACGAUUUUUGGCGCGCCGGAUAAUAGAGCUCACCAUUGGGGGCGGGUUUUGGCCAUCCGCUCUUUUUUUCUUUUUACGCCAGGUGGCAGGGCACUGUUGGAUACAGACGUGUGGUGUGGCGGCGCGAGAUUGCCAGUGGUAGAUGAGUGAGGACCGGGGAGGAACAGGACCAGAUAUUGCACCCUCUUAUCUAUGAUACCCCUUGCUUAGCACUCUUGUUUUGUUUCGGUUGCUCUCUUUUGGGGAGCAUUCUCUCCUUGUUUUUUUUUUUUGGUUCAGGGAAUGUUUGUUCCGUUGGUCAUCUCCUCGCGCUCUAACACGGUCUGUUCUCUUUCCG